CCGCCACACAAAACAGACCCAUUCCACAUCAACACCGGAACCCAAGACAUGCAGCUCCCCAAGCGCUUCCCGACUCUCCUGGCUCGCGCUGCCCGUCAGAACGCGCGCUCUAUCGUUCGCCGCCAGUCUCGUUCGAUUCUGGCGUUGACGCAAGUGCACUCGACUUCUGCUUCUCGUAAUCUGCAGAGCGUUGCAUUCCCGUCGCUCCGCUUCAGCGCUGCUGCCACAUUCAGCACGCAGGCUGAAGGUCGCGUUGUGGCAAUGGGCGACCGCGUAUCACUGCACAUGGACGGCAAGCUGUCCGGUGGUGAGUCGCUGCCGAAGACUCAGGAAGGCGCUCCACUCAAGUUCAUCGUGGGCAGUGGCCAAGUCUUGCCCGGUGUGGAAGACGCUGUACAGGGCAUGAAGAAGGGCGAAUCCAAAACCGUGGAAAUCGAGCCUGCGCAGGCCUUCGGAGCCGAUAAACAGAUCUUGACUGUCCCGCUUAAGGAGAUGAACCUGCCCGAGAAGGAGCGCGAGAUGCUCGCUGUCGGUCAAGUGUUGGAGCUUGCGGGCGGUGAACGUGCGGUCAUUGUGAAGCUCACAGACGAGUCAAUGGACAUCGACUUGGCCCACCCGUACGCCGGCCAGUCGCUGACUGUGACGCUGGAGUUGGUGGACCACGAGCUGCACUCGGAGCUGCACGUGGACGAGCGUCUGGUGCUGCCCGAAGUCAUUAAAGAGGGGGACAAUGUCACUUUCCCCGUUCGUGGCGAUACUAUGGUCAUGCACUACACUGGCAAACUCGCUAAGGACGGCAAGGUCUUCGACUCGUCACGUGACCGUGGCCAGCCCUUCCAGUUCCAGAUCGGCGUCGGCCAAGUCAUUCGUGGCUGGGACGAGGGCGUUAUGCGCAUGAGCAAGGGCAUGACGGCCACGCUCAACAUCCCGUCGGCCAAGGGCUACGGAGAGGCCGGCGCUGGCGGCGUUAUCCCCCCUGACGCCGACCUGGUGUUCGAGGUCGAGCUGCUGGACAUUGUGCGUCGCUAAGCUCGUGGAAGGAUUGUUUGGAAUUAAUCAAGUGAUUUUUUCAGUGUUCCAAAUGUUUUAAACUUGUUGGUUACACGUCCGU